AUGCGCUGGUUGUUGAUGGAGCCUGAGAAUGCAGCAGCGACGGGCAGACAAUACAUCACCAUCGUCAAUCUCACGCCGCACCCUUUCAAGCUCACUUCAACACACAGCUACCAGAUGGACGAGUUCAACUGGGGCGAUAUUCCUCCAGGCAAGGCGCGUCAAAAUGUCGCACACUACACUGGGAAAAUUGGGGCCAACAAUGUCGAUGACAACGGAGAAGCGUACUUUGAUGUCGGGAACACUGGCAAAAAGUUUGUCGUACGUGCCACAACUCAUAUACCCGAUACCUAUCCCAGGCGCGUCGUCUUUGACCUGAGCGGGAUGGGCAAGGGCCAGCGCGAGUACAGGGUGCCGGGCCAGGAGGUACCUGUGACUCUUGUCAUCACGGGGAGUGAUUCCUUUGGGUUCAUCACUUCACUAUCACACGGACCGGGAAAUUGGAUGAACUCUAUCAAGGAUACGAUCCGUGACCGGAAGGUGGCCAAUGUGGUGAUGCCAGGCACCCACGAUGCGGGCAUGAGCAAGUUAACAGAUGCUCUCUUGUCGGGAGGAAGUGAGGGCAACACACAAACUCAGAUGUUGAACAUAUAUGAUCAACUGCGAGCCGGAUCUCGCUGGUUCGACUUGCGUGUUUCCAGCGUUCAUCAAGUUGUCAACUGUUGUGGCAACUAUGACUUCUGGACGAUGCACGUGAGUAAUGAGGUUGAGGAAGUCGUGAUUGGAAGAACGGGAGAGAAGUUUGACGACGUCAUCAAGGAGAUUAAUCGAUUCACGAAUGAGAAUCCCGGCGAGGUUAUCUUCUUGCAGUUUCGCUAUCUGGUCGGUGUCCGCAAUGUGCCGAGCCUUGGACCCAUCUAUUGGGAUGAAGGUAUCAAGAACAAGUUCUUUGACAAACUCAAAGAGAUCAACAAUCGGUGCCCGGGACUUGACAGUGGCUUGCAGAAGUCGAAGAUUGGCGAUUUGAUGGACAAGAAUGAUAACAAUGGUUGCGUGCUUAUCUUCUUGAAUACCCAACAUCUGUCUAAGAUCUCCGAUAAAGGCAAGCAUACUUCAGCUGACGAUGGCAUCUACAACAUCGAUUAUAUCGACUUGACUGAUGCGUGGCCCGAAAAAGAAGACACGAAAGAGAUGGCUGAAUGGGCAAUAAAGAAAUGGACAGAUAAGACUGAGGGCAACUUCUACAUCGCCCAGUGGCUCAGUACACCGCAUUUCUUGACUUCGACGUUUUCAUACGGCCUCCAGUCAAUCGCCGUUCUGCCUACCAAUCCAGCACUCUACUGGAGGGGCGUGAAUGAGAUCUCGGACAAAAUUUUCCCCAACGUCAUCUUGGUGGACUACAUUGGCAUGGUGAUCAUGAAUGAGCCUGGAUGGGAUUCGUUGAGUGCUGAGUUGUAUACUUUGGCGAUCGGUCUCAACUUAUACACAAUCAGCGAAAACUGCGACAUCAGCAAGAGAAGGUCUCCUUUGCUCCCAAGUCCGAAGAAUUUGAGGAAGCCUCCGAGCCCCCUAGUAUCGCAAUUCAACGGCAUCAUUUUUGCAAAUGGGACGACUAUUGUCGAUCCGCCGCUUGGCCUUCAUCCGGGUCGCGUCGAGGUUUUGAAGAACGGGACGGUUUUCAGCAACGGCACAGUCCUGGAGGAGAGUGUGCCCAACCCGGACUUCAACUCUACUUUGUUUUGA